AUGUACCGAAGAUUUCUUUCCAAGGCUACAACCCGUACAAUGUCAUCCCUUGUAGAACAGUCAAAAAAACUUGCGGCUUACAAAGCCGUAGAUGAAAACCUUAAAGACUCACAUUCAGUGGUUGGUGUUGGAUCUGGCUCUACCGUGGUCUACGUGGCUGAACGUCUAGGGCAAUUGGAGCACAAAUCGUCAUUUGUCUGUAUUCCCACAGGAUUCCAGUCCAAAGAGCUGAUCUUAAGCAAUGGGCUAAGAUUAGGAUCUGUUGAAGAGUACUCCAGUAUAGAUAUUGCAUUUGACGGGGCUGAUGAAAUCGACUCCCAACUGAAUUUGAUCAAGGGGGGUGGGGCUUGCUUAAUGCAAGAAAAACUGGUAGCUUCCUGUUCGAAACAACUAUUCAUCGUCGCAGACUAUAGAAAGAGAUCUCCUGAAAAGCUGGGCCAUGCAUGGCGCCAGGGUGUUCCCAUUGAAGUCGUUCCGGCUGCUUAUAACAAGGUAUUGAACGACUUGAAAAAUUUGGAGGGCUACAAGUCUGCAAAAGUUAGGUACGGGGGAACCUUCAAAGCUGGUCCAGUGGUAACUGACAACAGUAUGUUUAUCAUCGAUGCUGAUUUUGGUGAAAUUCCUGUUGAGAAAGUUUCAACCUUGCAUUCCCAGAUUAAGGGCUUAGUAGGAGUGUUGGAAACGGGCCUAUUUGCGAAUAUGACCACUGCUGCUUACAUCGGCAAUGAAGAUGGUUCAGUUGCCACCUUAACUUUGUAA